UGUUGUGGAACGAUUUCUUCAGUUUUUGAGCGUCGCUCUUUGUAAAGUGUCGCUUCAUUUGAAGUCAGUGUUCGUGUUUCUGGCUCAGUUUGACUUUUAUUUGAAUCUGCCGUAAAACGACAGCAAACACCGGAGGAGUUUAACUGUGAAGUUUACAGCAGCAGCGCGGAUCUGGUGACCGACUAGCCACUUAGCUAACGCCAGCAGGGCCAAAAGUUCAUCCUCUACCACUCGCCACCUCAAAAACUGCGUCCAGUGUGCCAAAAGUUCAGAGAAACCGGAAAAUAUGCUUUCUGUUUCCACCGUACUAGAUUUUUUUUCUUUUUUUAAAGUGCGUUUCGGCUGUCGUUAUUUCGAAUAUAAGGCUGUAAGGUGAGGUGGCGCUGAACGCUGGCGGCACGUGACGUUCAUGUUUGUCGUGGGCAGCCACUAUGUUUGCGAGUGACACUUCUGCACCUGCCGGGUUAAACGACUGAAAGCGGGACUCCUGGUCCAGCAUGAAGUCCCUGGGAACCAGAUUCUCCUUCUAUGUGGGUUUCGUGGUGGGAACCUUCAGCCUGUAUGUGUUUCUGCAGCAGGUUUGGUUUGAGAGGACUAUACCCAGGAGUUUGGACAAAGUUCGGGACAACGGGCAUGAAGAUGAGGACGACGUGUCCUUCUGGAAGAAGGAGAGGUUCGCUCUGUUCAACCUGGACCAUCCUCAUCACACAGAUGAAGAUAGCCAUGUGGCUGAUGAACUGUACAAAAAGGUACGUGUUCUUUGCUGGGUUAUGACUGGUCCCGUCAACUUGGAGACAAAGGCUCGGCAUGUGAAAUCUACAUGGACUCGUCACUGCAACAUUGUGAUCUUCAUGAGUUCUGUGGAUGACCCAGACUUUCCCACAGUGGGCUUGGGUACCAAGGAGGGUCGAGACCAGCUGUACUGGAAAACUAUCCGGGCCUUCCAUUAUGUCUUUGAGCAUCAUGCCCAUGAGGCCGACUGGUUCCUCAAAGCGGACGAUGACGCCUAUGUAAUUGUAGACAACCUACGGUGGGUUCUUUCAAACCACACUCCUGAUGAGCCUAUUUACUUUGGCCGAAGGUUCAAGCCUUACACCAAGCAGGGCUACAUGAGUGGUGGCGCUGGGUAUGUGCUCAGCAAAGAAGCUCUUCGGCGAUUUGUGGAAGGUUUUAAAAGCAAACAGUGCACUCACACUAGCUAUGUUGAAGACCUGGCAAUGGGCCAGUGCAUGGAGAAGAUGGGCGUUCAGGCAGGAGACUCCAGAGACACUUUGCACAGGGAGACCUUUCACCCUUUUGUACCUGAGCAGCACCUCACUGCCAGGUUUUCUAAGAGCUUCUGGUAUUGGAGCUACUGCUACUAUCCAAUUUCAGAGGGACCACACUGCUGCUCGGACCUUUCGGUGUCUUUCCACUAUGCAGAUGCUUUACAGAUGUAUUUACUGGAGUACUACGCAUAUCACCUACGUGCCUUUGGCUACAGAUACCGUUAUCAACCCCCUGUUCCACCGGGUUAUAAAGCUGGACAGUUAAAACUCUCCCAGGAUGCUGUAAGGAAAAAGAAAUGGGUAGGGGAAUGGAAUGACCUGCCCAGUACUGAGAAAAAACAAGAUGCAGCUCCCCCUCCUUUAGCUAGUGAGAGUCCUGCUAAUCCAGUAGCCAAAUAAUAGACUGUGGGGGCUGUUUCAGGAGGGUGAAUGUACGUUGCAGUACUCACUUAGUUGGUUUAUUGGUCGUUUUGUCACUGAAGGUGAUCUUGAAAAAAUGGACAGAUAUCAAGCUUAUUUCAUUUAAAUUAGCUUUAAUGACAACAUUUUCAGGAUCAGUUGGGUUCUUUUCUAAAAAUGACUAUUUUUGACUGCUGAAAGUCCAUCAAAACUUGACUACCAGUGAAAAGUUAAGCCACCUUGACACUUGCACAAAUUUGAUCCCUGCACUGCUGUGCAAUUUGUCGUGCCAAUGCACUAUGCUUUGUCCCUCUGGACACAGUGCUUUGUUCCAUUUGAUGCCACGUUAUUAAAAUAAUCACUUUAUAGCCGAUGACUCAUUUGCUGUCAGAACAUAGCCAAUGAAACCAUCUCUCAUCGCUCCCAGAUUCACAGAAAUGAUCUGCAGCUGCAUCUUCUCUUGUGCGCAUUGUGUGGCGGAGAACGCAUUUGGAAUCAUCUCAAAGGUAAUAAUGGAUUGGUAAAACAGUGGCAUUGUCAUUCCUUCUUAUGUGUUAGAAAGUGUAUCUGUAAAAUUGUUUAUUAUAGAUGUAACCUCUCGUUUAGAUGUACUAUGGCAAUGAGACGCAGUGAUGCACAGUGUUUUCAAAUAGGUUGCACAAUAUUCACGUCUAGUUCACAAAAUUAAUGCGUACCAGAAGUUUUGGAACAUUUCAAAGUUUUCUUUACGCACUAGCACGCAGCUUUUCACAGCUCCCGCACAGUUUACGAGUUUACUUGCUGGCACGCCAAAUUGCAGUGCCAGUGUGGGGUUCAAAUUUGUGCAAGUGU